AUGGAAAGUAACAUAAUUACUUGGUUAAAUAAUUGUUCUCAAGAAUUAGUUGAUUCUGUUUUAGCAUUAUCCAAUAAUAGAUAUUUUAUUUCUCAAAAGAGUUUGGAAGAUUUUACAAUUGAGCAAAUAUUUAACUAUUCAAUAAGUGUAGAACAAUAUAAUACAAUAAAAAAUGGAGUUGAAGCAUUAGAAAUUAUAAAUGAUGAUUUUGAUCAAAGAGGAACCAAAGUUGAGAUAAUAUUUCAUUAUGAUGGAUUAAAUGGUGUAAAUAAAUGGUAUAAAGAAUCAAUUAGAAAAAUAAUUUCAAAUAAUAUUAGUUUAAAUACAGAUUAUGUUAUAAUUAAUAAUACAAUGAUAAAAGAAAUUGAACCAAAAAGUAGAAAAAUGUAUUUCAAUCCAAUUCCACCAAUUGAAAUUUCUCACUUGUUAUCAGAUGAUAAAUAUCAUGAUUUUAUAUUUUCAUUAAAUAGAUCAUAUGGUCCAUAUUGGUAUGUCUGUUCGGCAAUAAUUUGCUUUGGUUUAGCAGUUUUAUUUUUUUUCUCUUUUAUAUUUAUUAGUAAAGCUGUUGGUUUUUCAUUACUAUUUGUUUUUGGUAUUUCUAGUGUUUGUCUUGGUAUUUUCUCAUUCAUUUAUGUUAAAUCAUUAAGAUAUAAUAUAAUAAAAAAAAAAAUUAUAAAAUUUAAUAGAUUACUAGAAUCAAGUCAAAUACCAUUACAUUUCAGAUUCUUAAGAAAGGAAAUAAAUUUUCCUCAAACAGAUGAUAACCUUACAAUGGAAGUUUAUUAUGAUUUUAUGAAAAACAAUGAUUUCCAACAAUUUUUAUCUUCCUCAACCGUUUAA